AUGAUUCCGGAAUCUGGGGGUCAACCUCCUGAUAAAGUAGCGAAUAAAAAUAUGACUUUAUCAAACGCAAAUUUGCCUCCUCAUUGUUUACCGAAGCCUGUCGCGCUCCAAGCGCGUUAUCAUGCGCCAGUCGCACUAUUGUUUUCCAAAGCGAUUUGUUUUGCUUUUCAUAGUGGAGCUAUUUUCUGCUGUUUGAAAAACUUGGUUAUCCAAUUCUGA